AUGGAUUUGAAUAAAUGCGUCGAGGAGAUUACAAGAUGGGAUGCAAGAGUCCGCGGUUGUUACGCUGAGAAAAUUGAUGUCAGGAUCGAUGAACUCGCAGAAAUUGUCCUGGUGGAUGGCGUUUUCAUUAUCGAGGUCUUGCUGAGGUUUGGCGCUGAUGAUGCUGAUCGUAACAAUUGCACCACGAGUGACAACAACAAUAGCGACCCCAGACAUUUUAAAGCAUGGGUGCUGUCCACCUUGCGGCCUGACAUGGUAUUGCUGGAAAACCAGCUUCCGUUCUUCGUUCUUGAGGAUCUGUUCAACAUGGCUUUCCCUACUAACCAGCGUAUAUUAAUGACCUCACUGCUUGAUCUCUCCCUGAAAUAUUUCCAUGACUUGAUGCUAACGACGCCGCCCGCGUCGAAGAAAGACUUGCCCCGAUCCGAGAUAAAGCACUUCGUUGAUUUACUGAGAAUCUGUCAUCUCCCGUCAUCCCUCCGCGAGCCGAGAGCCACUUCUCCGACCGCCCAACGCGUGUCCAUAAGCAAUGCAACACAGCUGCAGGAUGCCGGAAUGAAGAUGAUCAAGAAAAGCGAAAAGACUCGACUGCUGGAUAUCGACUACAAGGCCGGGAAGCUGCAAAUCCCGCACAUGAAAAUCAGAGACGAGACGGAAAUCGUGCUCAGAAAUCUCAUCGCCUUGGAGAUAUUUCGCUACAGACACGAUAGUUACAUUAUAGAUUAUGUUUACUUCAUGGAUGACCUCAUUGACAACACCAAAGACGUGGACCUGCUCAUUCGAAAUGGCAUCAUCGAGAACUGGCUGGGCGACAACUACUUGGUGGCGGGAAUGUUCAACAAUCUCACCAAGGAGACGUCGCUGAGUGGAAGCAACUUCUACUAUCAUGACACUUGUAAACGCAUGACCGACUUUUGCAAAGUUCGGCGGCACCGUUGGGAGGCAACCCUGAAGCGCGAGUAUUGCAGCACUCCGUGGAGAAUUGCUUCUACCUCCGCCGCCAUCAUUCUCCUGCUCCUCACUUUAUCACAAACCAUUUUCUCUGUCAUUUCGUUGUGGUUUUAAGUGGUUUGCUAAUUUGUGCGGUGCACACGGGCCGACACUUCACCAUAUGGGGUCGAAUAAUUUAAUCAAAGACCCUUAAUAUUUUUUUUUAAUUUUAAUUUUUAUUUAAAAUUAAAUUUUCUAACUUUUUAAGAUGCAAAAUCACUAAUUAAAGUUUUAUAUUUAAGAUU